AUGCAGUCCCUCGGCAAGAGAAAGAGAACCGAGGAGGAAGAUGUCGAAAAGGUCUUUCAGAAAUACUGGGGCGAGCUACACCAUGCUCUCAAGACGGCCAAAGGAUUCGAGAGACAGCGCCAGUCCAAGCGACUCCGCGACCGAAGCACACCACAAGACAAGAAGGCCAGGAUAGAAAACGAAAUCGUUGUCCUCAAGUCCCUCGACCUUUACCAAGCCGCCCAUGCCCACCUCUGCUUCUCCCUCCUCCGCAUCAAGCGCAUUGCCGACAGCCCCAACCUACCCGAGGCCGUAAAGCGCGGCGUCUCCAAGCCAGUGCUCACCGAAGAAGAACAAUCCGCUCUACACAACGUCACCAGCUCGCUCUGCGCCCGCCAAGAGGUCCGCACCGUCACAGACAAGGCAAUUGUGGGGAUAUGCAAGGCCAUGGGCAUCGAGCCUCCUGAGAAGAAGGGCAAGAAGGGCAAGAACCAGCCCAAGGAGAAGGACGAGUCAAAGACCGUGGAGGCCAAGGAAAUUGAGGACAACAAGUCGACCAAGGAUAAGAAGGAGGUGGAGAAGAAGGACAGCAGAGUAGACAAGAAGGUCAAGGAAACGGAGAAGAAGGACGACAAGGCAAAGGAGAAGACAAAGACCAAGGAGAAGCCAGCAAAGAAGGAGGCUGUGGCAGCACAAGACUCAGACUCAGACGACGAAGAGCCGGUGAACGAGGAGGAGGAAGAGAAGGUUCUCUCCAAAUACUUGGAUUUGCUCGGCGGCUCGUCCGACGAGUCGGAGGCAGACGAUGAGGAGGAGAGGUUUGCUUCCAAGGCCGCGGUCAAGAAGCGUCCCAUGGCAAAGGAGCUUGAUCCCAUGGAAAUCACAGACGAUGAAGAGGGAGGAUACGGCGAAGACGGCGACCUAGACCCGAUGGAAAUCACCGAAGACGACGAAGCUGAAGACGGCGACUCCGAACAAAACGGCGACGGUUCCGAUGACGAAUUCGAAGGGUUCAGUGACUCGGAAGAAGAAGACGAAGGAUCAAACACCAAACUCCAAGAAGAACAGUCGGAAGACGGUCAAGAAGAAGAAGAAGAGGAAGAAGACGAAGACUCUGACAACAGCGGCAUCGACGCCGCCCCCUCAAAGAAAAAGUCCAAAUCAUCAUCAACCGCCAACACCCAAAAACUCCAAAACUUCACCAUGGACUCGACCUUCCUCCCCACCCUCAUGGGCGGCUACAUCUCGGGCUCCGAGUCAGCCUCUGAUGUCGACAUCGCGCCCUCCCGCAAGAACCGCCGCGGCCAGCGCGCCCGCCAGGCCAUCUGGGAGAAGAAGUUCAAGGAGGAGGCCAAGCAUCUGAAGAAGCAGCAGGCUGCCAGAGACGCCGGGUGGGAUAUGAAGAGGGGUGCCGUUGAAUCAGACGGCAAGCCCUGGAAGAAGGGCAGUCUUCUCGAUAGGAAGAGCAACAAAAAAGAGGGUGGUGAAGAGGGUGGUGAGGCUGCCCAGACUGAAGGUGCUGGUGCUGCUGAGAGAGGCGGUGAUAGGGGAGGCAGAGGUGGUAGGGGCGGCCAUGGUGGCCGUGGUGGUGGCAGCUUUGGAUCAGGAAGAGGAGACGCUGCUCCUGCUGCUCCGGCUAGGGCGCCCAAGAAGCGUGAUGAUAGCGGGCCGCUGCAUCCUUCGUGGGAGGCGAAGAAGAAGGCGAAGGAGAAGGAGAUGCUGUCGGCGCCGUUCCAGGGCAAGAAGAUCACCUUCGAUUAA